AUGAAAGGCCUCUGCCUGGGGUUAGCUGUGUUGACCUGCCUCCUGGUGAAAGUCUAUGGCAAGAUCUUCAAUCGUUGUGAACUGGCAUUAGUAUUGCGACGCUGGGGAAUGGACGGGCACGAGGGCUACACUUUGGAUGACUGGGUCUGCUUGGCAUAUUUUGCGAGUGGUUUCAACACAGCUAAGGUGACCCAGAACAUUGAUGGCACUUCUGAAUAUGGCAUUUUCCAGAUGAACAGUCGUUCCUGGUGUGCUGACCACCGCAGCUCUUCAAGGAACCUCUGCAGCUUAGCUUGCCGUGAUUUGGUGACCGAUGAAAUCAUCGAUGAUAUACUGUGUGUCAAGAGAGCUGUAGCAGGUCCAGAUGGUAUGGAAGCUUGGUAA